AUGCAGAGGAGUCCCUACACAGCAUGUAACGCUACUCAGCAGAAUCACAUUUUCAAGGACCUGGAAAGCCAUGAGCAGCGAAAUCUGAAGGACACCCAGGACUGUGAGGACCCCAGAGACUACUGUUAUGGUGGAUACCACCCUGUCCAGAUAGGAGACACCCUAAACGGGAGAUACCAGGUGGUGUCGAAGCUCGGCUGGGGAUAUUUCUCCACCGUCUGGUUGUGUCUGGAUCACACGCUCAAACGUCGUGUUGCUGUGAAGGUGCUAAAAAGUGGAGCUGGCUUCACUCAGGCCGGACAGGAUGAACUCGCUCUCCUACGAUGUGCCAGCGGUCCGACGAGCCGCCACCCCUCCAGUCGAAGAAUCGUUCGGCUGCUGGAUGAGUUCAAGCUGGCGGGAGUCAACGGGAUCCAUAUCUGCCUGGUGCUGGAGCUGCUGGGACCUGAUCUGAGGAGCUGGCAGCUUUGUUUUGGGACUCCAGGACUGUCACAGUCUUUGGUCAAACAAGUACUCACUCAGGUUCUGCAGGGCCUGGACUACCUCCACACUCAGUGUAAAAUCAUCCACACUGAUAUCAAACCUGAGAACAUCCUACUGUUUCUGGAAGAACUAUCCCACAUAAAACCAGCAGGGGGCAGCAAAUCCUCCUCUGAACUGACAGGGAAAGACGCCAAAUCAACAGGCACAGUGAAGGAUCAGCUGAACCUGUGCAGUUUAAAGGAUAUUAAAGUGAAGAUUGCUGACCUGGGCAGCUCCUGCUGGGUGUACAAACACUUCUGUGAGGAGAUCCAGACCCGUCAGUAUCGCUCCCUGGAGGUUUUACUGGGAUCUGAGUACGGCCCGCCUGCUGACAUCUGGAGUGUGGCCUGCAUGGCGUUUGAGUUAGUCACUGGAGACUCCCUGUUUGAACCCAAAGCGAGCGAGAGUGUUUCCCUGGAGGAAGACCACAUAGCCCAGAUCAUGAGGCUGCUGGGUAGAAUCCCUCCAGCUCUUGCUCUAUCGGGGAGAUACUCUGCAGAGUACUUCAGCCGCAGAGGUGACCUUCGUCAUGUCGGUCCACUCAGGCUCUGGAGCCUCUACGAUGUUCUGGUGGAGAAAUACCACUUCAAGUUGGAGGAGGCCUCUCAGUUCUCCGACUUUCUCCUCUGUAUGUUGGAUUAUCACCCAGAGAGGCGGGCCACUGCUGCACGGUGCCUCCGUCAUCCUUGGCUGACCUCAUGAUUGUCGUCUAAAAGCCCCACAGGCCUCGUCUUCAUCCGCGUCUGCUUGUCAUCACAGCUGGAUGCUUUUAGCAGAUCGAUCCGGACGGCUUGUCCGGCCAUAAACUUUUUCAGUGAGAUGUUAGAAAUGCACAGAGCAUUUUUGAAUUUGGUGCUUUCUUGAUUUGCAGCGCUGGGCAGAAGAUGAGCUGGCUUUCACUGUUUGAGCACCAUUUUGCACUAUUUGUUUUCACUCUUGUUGCUCUGAAAAGAAUAUAAAAUCCUGUGAACAGCUGUGGCUCAGACGGUAUCUACAUGUAUCUGUGCAUGCAUCAUGCAUCCUGCUAGUCAGUGCUGCAGCU